CGUGAUGCGGCAGGCGCGUCGUUGACACCUCCCUCUCCAAGAUGGCGUCCUUGCUGCAAUCGGAGCGGGUUCUCUACCUAGUCCAGGGAGAAAAGAAGGUUCGGGCCCCUCUCUCGCAGCUGUACUUCUGCCGCUAUUGUAGCGAGCUGCGGUCGUUGGAAUGUGUGUCUCACGAGGUGGACUCCCACUAUUGUCCCAGUUGCUUAGAAAAUAUGCCAUCAGCGGAAGCCAAACUAAAAAAGAACAGGUGCGCCAAUUGCUUUGACUGUCCCGGAUGCAUGCACACGCUCUCCACCCGCGCAACAAGCAUCUCCACACAGCUUCCCGACGACCCAGCCAAGACCACCAUGAAGAAAGCCUAUUACCUGGCCUGUGGGUUUUGUCGCUGGACAUCUAGAGAUGUGGGCAUGGCAGACAAAUCUGUGGCCAGUGGUGGUUGGCAAGAACCGGAAAAUCCUCACACUCAGCGGAUGAACAAAUUGAUUGAAUAUUACCAGCAGCUUGCUCAGAAAGAGAAGGUUGAGCGAGAUCGCAAGAAACUGGCACGACGUCGAAACUAUAUGCCUUUGGCUUUUUCGCAACACACUAUUCAUGUAGUGGACAAAUACGGUCUUGGAACGAGGCUUCAGCGACCACGAGCUGGUACAACCAUCAGCACUCUUGCCGGACUCUCCCUUAAAGAAGGAGAGGACCAGAAAGAGAUAAAGAUUGAGCCAGCUCAAGCUGUGGAUGAAGUGGAACCUCUACCUGAAGACUAUUAUACAAGACCAGUAAAUUUAACGGAGGUAACUACCCUUCAGCAGCGCCUCUUACAGCCUGACUUCCAGCCACUCUGUGCUUCUCAGCUCUACCCUCGUCACAAACAUCUUCUGAUCAAACGGUCCCUGCGCUGCCGGAAAUGUGAACAUAAUUUGAGCAAGCCAGAAUUUAAUCCAACAUCUAUCAAAUUUAAAAUCCAGCUGGUUGCUGUCAAUUAUAUCCCAGAAGUGAGAAUCAUGUCGAUUCCCAACCUUCGCCACAUGAAGGAGAGCCAGGUGCUCCUGACUCUUACGAAUCCCGUGGAGAACCUCACCCACGUGACGCUGCUGGAGUGCGACGAGGGGGACCCCGAUAAUAUAAACAGCACUGCUAAGGUGGCAGUGCCUCCCAAAGAGCUUGUGUUGGCUGGCAAGGACGCCGCAGCUGAGUAUGACGAGUUGGCAGAACCGCAGGACUUUCAGGACGAUCCUGACGUCAUAGCCUUCAGAAAGGCCAACAAAGUGGGUAUUUUCAUCAAAGUGACCCCACAACGUGAGGAGGGCGAAGUGACCGUGUGCUUUAAGAUGAAGCAUGAUUUUAAAAACCUGGCAGCCCCCAUCCGCCCCAUCGAAGAAAGUGACCAGGGCACCGAGGUCAUCUGGCUCACUCAGCAUGUGGAACUCAGCUUGGGCCCUCUUCUUCCUUAAAAGGUGUCCCUGGUGGGAAGAUUCCAAAGGACACUAUCACUACAAACCCGUGUUAAAAUGUGGAAGCCGCUGCUUCAUUAGGCCUUGUUUAAAACGAUGUACCCACACGCUACUGAAUCCUGUUCCCCGGGGCGGGCAUAGGCCAGGCAUUGGGAACACGGGGAACUGCUGUUCCUCCUGCUCUCGCUGCUGUUCACGCCAGUGUUAUCUGUGUCUCCCUCACUGAACCCUGCACGUUGAAUGACAACAGCACAGUUCCAUCCUAAGAAAGGGGAUGGCUGUGCCUUGGAGUGGCAUUCAGUUUACACUUGAGAAACUCCGACAUGCUAUCUCCUGACCUGAUCUCACAGAGGAUCAUAAUCUUACAGAAGAAACUUAAAAUGAUUAUUGAAAGGAGGACCUGCUAGUCGUGAUCCGACAUUGGUCUCAAUGUACCAUGUGCUUUCUGCAUUCCAUUAGCUAUACUCUUGCAGCCUAAACAUAUCCUUUCGCUCGCCAUUGUGGCUCCCAUCAUGCCGUAGAUUCCAUUUGACAGAAAAAUAGAAUUGCCACAUUGUCUUAGUUUUGUGAUGAUUGGAAAACCCAUGUAGUUUUUAAGGCAAGGCGCUCUCAUUUGCCCUCUUCUGAGUGAGCACAGGAUACUUUUUUAUUGGUUGCUCUUAAAAUUUUUUUUUCCCCAGUAGAAUAUGGAACUUUUUUCUAAGAAGAAUUUGAGAGGUAGGCAUUUACAUGUCAUGUCAAGGGGGUGGCAAAUUCUAUUUAUUCUAAAUGUUGCGGCACUAUCCAGGGAUUAAUGCUUCCGCAGGGAGGAGUCUGUGUGUGUCUGACUCCCCACCCCUUCUCCGCUUUGCCUCUGUAACUCAGUAGAUUGUUCUGAGUACUGGGGGCCUGGAAAGAGCCCAAAGAAAACUUGGUGGCCAAGUUCACUCCUGGAAUGCAGAAAACGUUGUAAAGGUUCGGUUGUGAGCAUGAUCUGAACUAAUGUUCUUUCCAUUGAUUUGAAGAGAUUAACAAUGAUCUCUUGAAUCCAAAACUGGAUAUUAAGAAAAAGAACCUUUCCCCUUCCUGAGUUUGACUGUUAUCAUACGUGUCAAAUAAGACCAUAUUGAUUGUAAACCAUAAAUAACAUAGCUCAGCAAGUAGCCCAGAACACUUGCCUAACAGCACACAUUCUGUUUUCACGCCAUAUCCUGGAGUUGGGUUGUUUACUUAAUUUCUGUGGUGUUUUCUAAAAUGAGACUUGACAGAGUAGACCACCAGCUGCACCACAUUUUCUGUAAAUGCAUUGUUAGCAAGGGGACAAUAGAUUUUGGUGAAAAGAGAAAUUUCCUGUUUACCCUGGUGUUUUUUUUAAGUUCAAGCCUUUAGUUUAAAGAGAAAAAAUUAAGAUACGUAGCAAUCUAGAAAUACAGAUAGGACAUUGUAUCUUGUCAGCUCCCCUGGAAGAUAAAAAAUAUUUAGGAAACCUUUGAAAGACACUAAGUCAUAUUCCUCAUAUUCUAAAGAUCAAGGCCAAUUUUAAGAAACAAUAUUCCACAGAGUAAUAUAAUAUACAUGCUGCAGUGUUACUAUUAUAACAAUAAUAAGAUUUAUCCCCUUAAAAGUUGGGGUAGAGGUUGUGUAAUUAUAAAUUUGCAAACUCUGGAAAUAGUUUAAUGUGUUGUGACCCCACAGAGUGUCAAGUUAAUUUUUAUUUCACCACCUGCUAGAAUCUCCUGUGGAGGAAAGGGCAUCAAAGUAGAGAACAGCUUUUUCAGUUUACAUAUUUGCAUAGACUACACAUGUGGUUGUAUGUCAUGCAUUUAUAGCACGUAGCUGGUAUUCCCAAAAGUAAUGCUCUUAUUAAUGGGUCUCAUCAUCCCCCUGUGACACAAACACAAAAUCACUUUUGAUCAUAGAAUUUAUUUCCUUCAGAAGCCAAAUUAACCGGCAGAACAGCAGGGCCAUUGGUUUAAUACAUCCUCAGGAUAGUUUUCAGCGCAAGCUGGUAUUCUUUGUGUUAGUAGAAAUGAUUCAACACCUGCAGCUGGUAAAUUUGGAAUUUUAUUUGUUACUUUUGUAUAUAAGAUGCCGUGCAGGAUUUUUAAAGCAUAGUCAUCAUGCACCACUGCAGGCGAAUUAGAGGCCACUAGGAGAGACUACAAUUUUGGAAAUUUAAGGCGAAGUUAAUUUGGAUUUGUGAUUUGAUUAGCCCACCAAAACUUUUGUUCAAAGUGUUUAUAGACAUGAGCUAAAUGUCAUGCAUAUUUGUGAAGAAACAUCCUUUUUGGUCCCUUUUGGGAAUAAGAGGCACUUGAUCUUUAUGAAUGACAGAUUUCCUGUUUUGCCUUAUUGCUUAACUUAAUGUAGUGAAAUAAAGCAGACAAAGCUUGAAUGUCUUUUGUUUUGCUUAUGAAGACUGACUGUGGUAACAGCUCAGAGUAAGAAGACAGGUGGAGUCAAGAGAGUUAAUAUGAGAAUCAUUGAGCUGUGCUCCCUUCUGUUCUUUAAUGAGCUAACACCUCACACCAAAUCGGUUCACUGUAAC